UCUCUUAUUUCAGUUAACCAAGGGCAGCUGAUGCUCUCGCUGCAGCGGAUGCCUGAGCUGACCCCUUUUGCCCAGGUGGUGGUGUACACCGUGUUGCCUGAUGGGGAGGCAGUAGCAGACAGCCGAGACUUCCCCAUUCACCUCUGCCUAAAAAACAAGGUGUCCCUGAAGUUCUCGUCCCUCCAGGAGUUGCCAUGGGAGAAGACCUCUCUGAGCCUCCAGGCCCACCCAGGGUCUCUGUGUUCUCUCAGGGCCAUCGACCAGAGUGUGCUGCUGCUGCAGCCUGAACAGGAGCUCAGCCUAGACUCUGUCUUCAGUCAGCUGCCUGUUCAGAAGUUGUCUGGAUAUUCAUACAGGGUAGCAGACCCCUACCCAUGCCUUCGAUAUCCUCCAAGAUUUGAAGAGGAGAUGAUGAGGAUGCGCCUUCCACCCGUACCAAAACUGGUCGAUGAGUUGGUUGUACCUGAUUGGGGGAAACGCUCAUUCUGGUUUGGCCCCAGCGACGACAAAAACGAUGUCUACAGCAUCUUUAAAGAAGUUGGAAUCAAGAUCCUGACCAACUCUGAUGUGAAAAAACCUUACGACUGCAAGACUACCUAUGCAAUGAAACAUAAUGUUAUGAUGGAAGCUCGUCCCAUGAACAUGAUGCCAAAUGAGGAGAGUGCACCAACCCCUGGAGCCUCUGGCGGGCCUAAGGAGACCGUCCGCACGUACUUCCCUGAGACCUGGAUCUGGGACCUGGUUCCUGUGGGACAUACAGGAAAGGUGAAUGUUGAGAAGACUGUCCCUGACACCAUCACUAAGUGGGCUGCAGGGGCGUUCUGUACUUCCCCAGUGGGUUUUGGCCUGGCUCCCAACACUGGCCUCACUGCCUUCCAACCCUUCUUUGUGAGCCUGACGCUGCCCUACUCUGUCAUCCGGGGGGAGGUGUUCACACUCAAGGCCACAGUGUUCAACUACCUCUCCAAGUGUAUCAUGGUAAGCCCUCCCAGUGUUGUCUCUUUCUUUACCUCUCCAGUCCCACUUCAUUUGGGUAGACCAGGGCUGAGUCGAACCAGUUCACAGCCAGGCCAUGUGAAGGCUGCCAGUACACACUGUGUCUGUGCUGAAGAGAGCAGGACCUUCAAGUGGACCCUCGCCCCAACUGCUUUAGGGGAGGUGAGCGUGAAAGUGAGCGCCGAGGCGUUGACAACUAAGAAGUUCUGCGGCAACGAGGUGGCCACGGUGCCAGGGAAAGGACGCAUUGACACCGUUGUGCAAACACUGCUGGUGGAGGCCGAGGGAACCCAGGAGACGGUCAGCCACAACGCUCUGCUCUGCCCUGCAGAGGGCCCAGUGGAGAAGGACAUCUCUCUGAAGCUGCCUGAGGUGUUUGUGGAGGGCUCUGCCAAGGCCUCUCUCUCAGUACUGGGUGACCUGAUGGGUCGGGCCAUAAAGAACCUGGACAGCCUGUUGCAGAUGCCCUAUGGCUGUGGAGAGCAGAACAUGGUGCUGUUUGCUCCCAACAUCUACAUCCUCAACUACCUGCAGAGCACCCGGCAGCUCACCAUGGAGAUCCAGACCAGGGCCACGGGCUUCCUAGACAGUGGCUACCAGAGAGAGCUCAACUACAAGCAUGACGAUGGCUCCUACAGUGCCUUUGGGAAGAGCGAUGAGUCUGGAAACACGUGGCUCACCUCCUUUGUGCUGAAGUCCUUUGGAGGGGCCAAGCCCUACAUCUUUGUGGACCCCGCCCACAUUGCCCAGGCCAAGGCCUGGUUGGCCAGUCACCAGCAGACGGAUGGCUGCAUCGCGUCAGUGGGGAAACUCUUCCAUAACGGCAUGAAGGGAGGGGUCGGGGAUCAAGUGUCGCUCACUGCCUACAUCAACGCUGGAGCUGGAUGGCAACACUUCUUGUGGGUGUGUCAGGACCCCAUGGUGGAGAAGAGUCUGACGUGUCUGAAGGCAGCAGUGUCUGACCAGCUGGAGAACACCUACACCAUGGCCCUGCUGUCCUACACCUUCACCCUGGCCCAAAACCAGGACAUGAGGGCCAAGCUCAUCGCCCACCUGGACAAGAUAGCUGCUACCUCAGGUGGCAAUUGUCACUGGGAGAGAGCAGAGGCUUCAGGGACGAAGACUGACUCUCUGGAGGUGGAGAUGACAUCCUAUGUGCUGCUGGCGCUGCUCUCCGGUCCCACCAUGCCAGGCUUUGGGCUGGACUACUCCAUUGGCAUCGUCCGCUGGCUGGCCCAACAGCAGAACCCCUACGGAGGCUUUGCCUCCACACAGGACACAGUAGUAGCACUGCAGGCCCUGGCCAAGUACGGUGCUGCCACCUUCAGUCCAGAGGGCGCCAGUACAGUCAGUGUGAACUCGGCCGGAGGCCUGAAGAUGGAGUUCACUGUGAAUCAGAACAACAGGCUGCUCUAUCAGGAGGAGCAGCUGAGGGAGGUCCGUGGAGACUACAACAUCAAGGCACAGGGCAAGAGCUGCGUGUUUGUGCAGAUCGCCAUGCACUACAAUAUUCCCCCUCCUGACUUCUCUGUUUUCAACAUCUCAACACAGACGCUUGGGAAAUGUGACGGCACCAAGAAAUCUCUGAUAGUGUCUGUGGCUGUCAGGUACAAUGGUCGGCGAGUGGAGACCAACAUGGUGAUCAUCAAUGUCAAGCUUCUCUCCGGCUUCGUCCUGGACAAGUCCUCCCUCGGGCCUUUGAAAAAUGACCCCACUGUCAAACGUGUUGACCUGGAGGAAGGACAUGUCAUCAUCUACCUAGAUGGGCUCAAGCAGAAGGAAACGAAGACGUACAGCCUGGCCAUAGAGGAGGAUGUGCCUGUGAGGAAUCUGAAACCAGCUGUGGUGAAAGUGUGUGACUACUACCAGACAAGUAAGAAUUCCAUCUAACAGUGAAAUGUGUAG